UCUAAUCACUCAUUUUAUAAACGUUAUUGACUGUGAUCGGUCAACACGCUGUCAGCCAACGUUUAGUAUUGAAAGGCGGAAAGAAUAAAAGAAUAUGGCCAUAGCUGCGGAGUUCAGCAAAACUCUAUGAACACAACACUUGCAAUAGAAAAAAGUACUUGAAAGUUAAAAGUAACGAUGUCUUGAGAAUUUUGGAGGAACUGAUUAGGCUGCCAAAAAGACAAAAAAAUGGCAGCAGAGUCUCUAGUGAGCUUUCUGCUUGACAAGCUCGCUAGCUUUGUUGAAAAUGAGAUUCCACUCUUGAAGGGGGAUCGGCAAGAAGCUUUGUUUCUGAGAGGAGAAUUAGAGCGCACGAGGGCUUUGCUGAAGAUUGCAGAUGCGUUGGAAGAAAGUGAUGAGGAGCUCAAAGUGUGGCUUAAGCAAGUAAGAGAGAUUGUUUAUGAAACAGAAGAUGCUCUUGAUGAAUACAGACUUCUUCAAGCACAUGAUCAAUGUCAUGGGCUUGGACUCUAUGGUUAUCUCCACAAAUUUUCAUGUUGUAUCAAGAGCAUGAAGGCUCGUUCUCGUAUUAUUUCUGAAUUAAAUUGCAUCAACUCCAGAUUCAAAAAUAUUUCCGAGGUUCAUGAGAGGCUGCUUCCCAAAUUCACUAGAGCCGAACAAGGUUCAGGCAUCACAAGUGCAGGAAAUACAUGGGAGUAUCGUCGAGGGGAUGCUCUUCUUCUCGACAAGACUGAUUUAGUUGGGAUGGAUGAGCCUAAGCAGAAGCUGGUGGAGUGGCUGGUAAAGGGUGGUUAUGGACGUGAAGUGGUUUCUGUGUUAGCAAUGGGUGGAAUGGGGAAAACUACCUUGGCAAAGCAAGUAUAUGAUGAUCCAGAAGUGAAGAAACACUUCAAAAGACGUGCAUGGAUCACUGUUUCUCAAUCUUUCAAGAUGGAAGAACUCCUCAGAGACAUGAUCCAUCAAAUCUACAGCGUAGUCAGCAGACCAGUUCCAGAAGGUUUAGACAGCAUGAACAAAGACCGGCUGAGAAGAAUAGUCAAGGAUUUGCUCCAGAAAAGGAGCCGGAUAAUCCUCACCACACGUAAUGCUGAUGUGGCCUCCUCCUCUGGUGUUGAAUCCGUAGGUAAGGUCUAUAACUUGAAGCCCUUGACCCCAGAAGAAUCUUGGCAACUUUUCAGCAGGAAGACCUUUCAAUUGAAUGAAUGCCCUAGUUAUCUCAAGGAAAUCUGUCAAUAUACUUUAAAAAAGUGUGAGGGACUUCCCCUUGCAAUUGUGGCAAUCAGUGGUGUUUUGGCUACAAAAGACAAGCGCAGGACUGAUGAGUGGAAUAUGGUUGGCCGCAGUCUUGGGGCUGAAAUUGAUGGAAAUGAUAAACUCCAGGAUCUGAAGAAAGUACUUUGGCUCAGUUUCAAUGAUUUGCCAUUCUACCUAAGAUCUUGUUUUCUAUACUUGAGCAUAUUUCCAGAGGACUAUUGUAUUGAGCAAAUGAGAGUAAUACGAUUAUGGAUAGCAGAGGGAUUCAUUGAAGCCAAAGAAGGGAAAACACUGGAAGAAGUUGCAGAGGACUACCUCAAUGAACUGUUGAAUAGAGGCCUACUGCAAGUGGCAGGCACAACCACCGACGGAAGGGUCAAACUGUAUCGCAUCCAUGACCUGCUCCGGGAGAUCAUCAUGUCAAAGGCUAGAGAUCAGAACUUCACCUCCAUAGCUAAGGACCACAACAUGACGAGACCUGAUAAGGUUCGACGCCUUGCUAUACAUAAUUCAUUGCAAAAUAUACAAGAAAACAGGUCUGUUUCUCGUCUACGUUCUUUGUUUAUCUUUCGGGUGGUAGAAAAGCUGUACAUACAAAGAUUGUUUCCUGGAGGUUUUAAGCUGCUAAGUGUGUUGGAUUUGCAAAAUGCACGUUUAAACAAGUUUCCAAUGGAUAUAGUCAACCUCUACUACUUGAAAUAUCUAAGCUUCAGAAGUACCAAGGUUAAAACCAUUCCAAGCCUCAUAAGGAAGCUCCAGAACCUGGAGACUUUGGAUCUUAAACAUUCUCGAGUCACUGAAUUGCCUGUUGAGAUCUUGAAGCUCCAACGACUUCGGCAUCUCCUUGUAUAUCAUUUCGAACUUGAAUCUUAUGAAUAUUUUCACUCGAGAUAUGGUUUUAAGGUUCAAGGAAAUAUAGGGGCUCUGCGAUCCCUACAAAAGCUGUGUUUCAUAGAAGCGAACCAAGGCAGUGACACCAUAAUGCUAGAGCUGGGGAAACUCUAUCAACUAAGGAGGCUAGGCAUUGUAAAGCUGAGAAAAGAAGAUGGGAAGUCUCUGUGUUCAUCCCUUACAAAGCUGACUAACCUUCGUGCGUUGUCUUUAACUUCAAUAGAGGAGGAAGAGAUUCUUGAUUUGCAGCACCUUUCUUCUCCACCUCCAUUGAUUCAGCGAGUCUAUUUGCGAGGACGUUUGGAAACAUUACCUCACUGGAUACCAUCACUCCAUGGUCUGGUCAGAUUGUCCUUGAAAUGGAGUAGAUUAAUGGAUGAUCCACUUGUGCUCCUCCAAAAACUACCCAAUCUAGUUCACCUCGAAUUACUUCAAGCUUUUGAGGGAGACACAUUGUAUUUUGGGACCGGGGGGUUCAAGAAGCUCAAGGUUUUAGGCCUUGACGAAUUCAGUGAACUUAGAUGCAUGCAAGUGGAGGCUGGAGCAAUGCCUUGUGUUGAAAAGCUAAUUAUCCAACGCUGCGAAUUGCUGAAGAGGGUGCCAAUAGGAAUUGAAUAUCUCACCAACUUGAAAGUUCUUGAAUUUUUUGACAUGCCUGAAGAAUUCAUACAGACACUUCGCCCAGAUGACAAUCAAAGUGAUUAUUGGAAAGUUGCUCACAUCCCAGAAGUCUAUUCUACCUACUGGAGAGAAGGUGGAUGGGAGGUCAAUCCUUUGGAUCUGGGUGAUGGAGAAAAUUUUCCCCGGCCCGGUACUAUCACUAGGAGGGACCAUGAACUUCAAUCACGUUGGAAGUGAUGUAUUCACAGGCGUGGGCUCAAUAUUUCAUCACCUCACUUGUAAAUGACAGUUUGUAUAUGUGUAACUUCUCACUGUAGUUGGAUCAUAGGUGAUAAAUAUAUAUAUGGUUCUGCUGUGGUUCACGAGGUCUAUGAUGCUCAGAGCGCGCCUAAAAAUAAACCAGGAUGUGAAUUUGUUGGGGGAUCAGAGUUUGUAAAUCUUGUAAAUGAUUGUAUAUACUCAUUGUAUAUAAAUAAUCUUGGAGUACUCUUGCAAAAGAGCCACUAGGUUUUGAGUGGUGAAUUGCACAUUGUAAAUAUGUUAUGAUGACUGUAAGUACUCCAGCAGUAUUGGGAAUCAUGUAAAAAUUGUAACUACUCUUUUAUCAAUGGAACAGAGAAAAACCUCAGGUUGUCUGUAAA